CUAGCCAUUAAGCAUGGUUCACGCAUUCUUUGGGUAAAUACUUAUUCACCUUCGGAACAGCGCCCAGCCUUUUCUCAGGCUAAACUCAUGCGUCGUGCCGCCAGUGUAGCCAAUGCAGCUCUUUCCAGCAUGAGUUCUGGCAGGCAGAAUUCUCAUCAUCAGUAUCCCUUGCGGCAUCAGUCGCGAGCUGGUAUAAAAUACUUUGCCUCAUCAGUUCUCGGCUCCAAUAGACAAAACUCCUGUCUAGCCGAUGAUGUGCACCGCGGCGUGGACGGCGAGGCAGCUACUUUCGCAUCUCCGACCAGUGGUUACCGUGCUGGUCCACUGCCCGUGGGCUGUUGUGGAUCGAGUUGCCAUGCGACCAUAUGUCAAGCAAUUGGUCAAACUCCAGCUGGACAGGCGGAUUUAUUCAGAUCGGGUUGUCGCCUCUCUGAGGAUGAGUGUUUCUGUCAUAACUCGGCCGUUUCAGGAACGAUGCAGUCAGGAGGUCUUGGUACCUUUACACGAGGUGGGCCCUGGACGCUUGUGCUGCAGAUGAUGUUAUUUCCAUUUAAUGCCUAUUUUCAGUCUAAAUUACCAUCUAUCGGUCGUUUUUUGAUACUUGGUUCAUGA